UCACCCACAGGACCUCAGGCAGGGGUAAUAGGAGAUGUGUUGCUCUAGGCGGUCCCUUCAACACUUGAAGGCACUAACCCAAAGCAAAGGGAAUGACUUCCAGCUGAUAACCCUCACUCAUCCUUUCACACUUUCUGAGGGAAGUGGUAAAAUGCACACAAACCAUGUGUAGUGAGUGCUUAAGCCUUUCCAGGGCUUCCCGGUUCAUCGAUUCAGCCCCAACCCUCUGCAAGGCUCAGGACACCCCACCUACCCAUAAGCCCCAUUUCACUUCUGCUGAUGCUCCUCCUGCUCUUUCCGUGUAUUUAUGGAGAUCAAUGAAGGACCUGGAAACCAGAGUAAACAGCCCCUUCCUCCUCCUGGCUCUUGAAGAAAGUUACAUUAACUUUUGCGGGGAGCUGGUGGUUGCAGCCACGACAGACUCCCCAGCCCAGAUUGAGCACGGGCUGUCUUGCUUUAACCCUGUAACCCCUUUCACUUUAAGUUAACGACCCAGGAGGGUCUACUCCUCCCAAGUUUGGACUCCGGUCCAGGGCUUGAUCCUUAGUGUAGGCACCUUGCUCCUCGGAGCUCCGUCUAUGUGGCUUUCACCCCGUGUGUCCAGCGGAGCCCAGUGCAGCUGCAGGGCUCUGUAAGGCGUGGAAAGUUAGGGUUGGGUAGGGAGACCCAGACCUGAUGAAUGACUCAGGAGCUCGCACUCUGGAGUCACGUGACAAAGGCCACACCCCGGGAACUGGCCGAAUCACGUGACACCCGAGCUAGGGAACGUUUUUCUCACGUGACGGAGGUGCCUCGGGUAGACCAAUAAGGAUGCAGAGGACGGGCUGGCGCGGGGGUCGGGGACGGUGCGCGGGAAGGGAACUCAAGUCGUCCGUAGUGGCUGCUGGGUCUCGCUGUCUUCCGGAUCCGUCCAGUGCUGGGCAAGGCUGUCCAUUCGCUCUCCCGAAUCGGGGACGAGCUCUAUCUGGAACCCUUAAAGGACGGGCAGUACCAGGCGGCUUCCCCUGGGCAGGACCUGCCGCGCUGUAAGAUCCUGAUGAAGGUGAGGACCAUCCGAAGCAUCUCCACAGCUGGGCCUUUGUGCCAGCGUCCGCAGUAAAUAAUUACUAGGGAGUUAGCCUCAUGUGGGAGCCAUUCCAUGCAAAAUGCAGUGAGGUAAAGAUGGCUAGACUUUAGAGGGUUGUAAGAGCUGUGGAGAAAAAGUUAGCAGCCCUUCCCUGCAAAGGGAACAGCAUGGACAAGGCCUGGAAAUGUGCAGACGUCCAGCAUAUAGUGGGAGCCCCAUUUAAAGCUUUGUUGGGCCAGUGAUGGACCAGGACCUACAUGGGAUGUAGAUCUGGUCCAUGGAGGCACAGUACCAGGCUGAUGUCCUACCCUGCCCAGUCCUUCCUGUCGGUCUUCCGCUCUCUGGCGAUGGUGGAGAAGACUGUGGAAAAAUGCUGCAUCUCCCUCAGUGGCAGCAACAGCCACCUGGUGGUCCAGCUUCACUGCAAGUAUGGGGUCAAGAAAACACACAACCUCUCCUUCCAGGACUGUGAAUCCCUGCAGGCUGUCUUCAACCCAGCCUCGUGCCCCCACUUGCUCCGUGCCCCAGCACGGGUUCUGGCAGAGGCUGUUCUUUCCUUUCCCCCUGCGCUGACUGAGGUGACACUGGGAAUUGGCCAUGGCCGACGGGUCAUUCUGCGCAGUUACCAGGAGGAGGAGGCAGAUAGCACCAACAAAGCCAUGGUGACCGAGACUAGCAUUGGAGAGGACGACUUCCAGCAGCUGCACGCCCCAGGAGGGAUAGCUAUUACCUUCUGCCUCAAGGAAUUUCGGGGGCUCCUGAGCUUCGCAGAGUCAGCCAACUUGCCUCUUACCAUCCACUUUGAUGUUCCAGGCAGGCCAGUCAUCUUUACCAUUGAGGAUUCUUUGCUGGAUGGCCACUUCGUCUUGGCCACACUCUUAGAACAAGACCCAUGUUCCCAGGACCUGUGCUCCCCAAAGCCUCGCCAGCCAGUGCCUCAAAAGCAGGCUCAGAGCACACCCCACUUAGAUGACUUUACCAAUGAUGACAUCGACUGUUACAUGAUUGCCAUGGAAACCACCGUGGGCAGUGAGGGCUCCCGGGCACAGCCUUCCACUUCCCUCCCACCUGUCUCUCAGCCCUCCCAUGACCUUGCCCCUCCCUUGGAGGAGGAGGAGGAGGAAGAAGAGGAAGAAGCUGAGCCCAGUACAGUGCCUGGGACUCCCCCACCCAAGAAGUUUCGUUCACUUUUCUUUGGUUCCAUCCUGGCCCCUGUACACUCCCCCCAGGGUCCCAGCCCCGUUCUGGCUGAAGACAGCGAUGGUGAAGGCUGAACUUGAGAGACUGAAGCCUGUGUCCAAAGGCCCAUGGGCCAGAAGCAUGCCCAGCCACUGGCAGGGCUGGAACUCAGUCCCUGGGCAUGGGAAAGGGGCUGUACUUGGCUGUCCGCUGCAGAGCUGCCCUAGACAACCAUGUUUGGACUGUGUCUCACUCAACCUGUAUCAAUCAUGUAUUCUUCUGGUGCCCAGCUGCCGCCUGACAGGUUCCUCACCGCUUUCUAACUGUAGAGCCGCAGGCCCUAGGUAUCUGGCUAGAGCUAGAAACUUACCUUCCUCGGCUUGCCUGCCUCUUAAAAAAAAAAAAAAAAAAAUCACAGUGCUGAUUACCCUCUGCCAAUCAUGGACUCCCUGUCGAUCCUCUGGGCCCAGUGGUUGGUAGGGACCAUUCCUCUGGCUUUCCCAAUACUUGGGCCUUGGCUCGGAAUCCUAAUAGCCUCUGGACCCAAGCGUGCCACUGGGCUUUGCCCUGGC